AUGGAUCCAAAAUCAGUCCCAAAUGUGGUGCUAAACUCAGGUUACAAGAUGCCAAUGAUAGGUUUUGGCACUGGAACUGUACCCCUGCCACCAUCUCAUGAACUCAUCCCUGCAUUCAUUUCUGCCAUCCAAGCUGGUUACAGGCAUUUUGACACUGCAACCUAUUAUGGCUCUGAGGAACCUCUUGGUCAAGCCAUAGCACUUGCAUUGGACCAAGGUCUUAUUAAGGAUCGUAGUGAGGUUUAUAUCACUACUAAGCUAUGGUGCACUGAUGCUCACCCUGGCCUUGUGCUCCCAGCACUCAAGGCCUCACUCAAGCGGUUGGGCCUGGAGUACGUGGAUCUUUAUCUAAUCCAUUUUCCCGUGAGAUUGACACAAGGGAUUGAAGGGUUUAAGUACAACAAAAAAGACAUUCUUCCUUUUGACAUGAAAGGGACAUGGGAAGACAUGGAACAAUGCUCUAAGUUGGGCUUGGCCAAGUCUAUUGGCCUUAGCAAUUUUGGUGUCAAAAAGAUGACUCAACUUCUACAAAAUGCAACUAUUCCUCCUGCUCUUGUCCAGGUGGAGUUGAACGCAGCUUGGCAGCAGGAAAAUCUGAGAAGGUUCUGCAAAGAGAAAGGAAUUCAUGUGAGUGCAUGGUCGCCUUUGGGAGCUAAUGGUGCUAUGUGGGGUUCACUUGCUGUCAUGGACAGUCCAAUCCUAAAGGACAUUGCAAUUACAACAGAAAAAACUGUGGCACAGGUUGCAUUGAGAUGGAUAAUAGAGCAAGGUAUCACUCCAAUAGUGAGGAGCUUCAACAAGGAGAGAAUGAAACACAAUCUGGAAAUAUUUGAUUGGGAGCUGAGUGAGAAUGAUUUGGAGAAGAUUAAGCAAAUGCCACAGCACAGGGCUUUUUCAGGAGAACGUUUUGUCUCAGAAGAUGGACCUUACAAAACUCUGCAAGGUCUGUGGGAUUGAUGAGAAGACAUGAAAGUCAGCAGUAGUCCUUCUGCUUCCUUGUUCUAAAGUUAAAGGGAGAUGAUUUUGGGUCAGCUCUCCUAAAGUGUUCAACUAGUUAGUAUUAGAAAU